AUGUCAGAUGUAAAGGUUGAAAUUGAUCGUUCCUCUACUGAUGGUACAUUUACCAACCACGACAUCAUUAGGGGUAAAGUAACCCUAGUUGUGACUAAAGCAAUAACGUUGAACUGGAUUCAAGUGAAACUAGAAGGCAUUUCAUCAACUCAGUUGAACAUCCCACGACAACAAGCCAAUGGUAAACGAGAUAAAGAUCGUAAAGAUAAGAUUAUACGAGAUCAACACAAGGUGCUUUAUGAUACUCAAAUUGUAUUUCCACCAGAUAAUGUACGACAGGUAUCACAAGCUAAAGAUUUCACCCUAGCUCCCGGCAACUACUCCUAUGCUUUUGAGUUUAAGAUCCCGUUGAACAAUUCUUGUGUUAAAAUGGGUGGUAUCACUAAUAAAGUUUCAUUAAAUUUAAAGUCGUUUGAUGUCAUGAUAAACAAUGGUAACUUUAAUACUACAUUUGUCAAGAAUAAAGCUCAACAAAUGGCCAAUGAGCAUGGGUUCGCCAAUGGGGGAGGAGCCCAGGGCAAGAGAAAGGGGUCGCAUACACCCCCGCCACCAAAACAAAGUUACCACAUUACUUCACAGCUACCACCAUCACUUUCUGGUAUAGGGGAGUUUGCCAAUGUCAAAUAUUUUAUUAAAGUUACUUGCAAAAGAUCAUCGUUUCUUAAGUCAAAUUUACGAGGCUAUGAUCCUUUUAUUUUCCUACCUUUGGACUUGGAUGUGCAAAAUCGUCCAUUGCUUGGCAAUCAGCAAUUUGAACUAGAAUACAAAGAAGCGUUUGUGAGGAAAGAGUUGACAUUUAGAAACAGAAUACCAGAAAUUGUUGCUGUUAAAGUCGCAGAAAGUCCCCAGAAGUCGUUGGAAAAGAAAGCGUUACCUGUCGUGCCACCACCCCCGCAACUGCAUCAACCACCAAAGAAGCAAGGAUUCAUGCUGAGAUUGUUUGGUGGCUCUGACUCUCCAUCAUUAUCAUCAUCAUCGUCAAGCUCGAAUGUGGCGCCGAAUUACCCCAAUCGAGUAAACCAUCAACAGCCAAGAAGGAGAAACAAUGUCCCCGAAAUCAAAGCAAAAGAUGUUCCAUUCUCGUUUGAAAUUAGAUUUAGGUACCCAGCAUUUCUUAUACCUACAAAACCACCGUCUUUUAAGCUUUAUUUAAUAUCAAACCUCAAUCCAUCAAGAUAUACUUUGGCAGAAUAUGGAAGACCCGAUGAAUCGAAUGGACUAGGUAUCAUUUACUUGCAAAAACUUACAGUAAAACUUACAUCCAUCACUCUUGUUUCGGUUGUUGAAAAUGAUGGGGCAUCAAAUGAAUAUCAUUUAGGUCAACACGAAGAAGUCAUGACUGUUUGCAACAAUACUUAUCAAAACUUGAAGUUUGAUUUGAUGCACGGAAGAGUCAACCCCAAUGCAUCCAACUCAUCUACAUCACCACAAUCGUCAACCAAUAUUCAUGCGCCCGGCGGGUCAGUUUAUGAAAUUGAAAUACCACGCAAGUAUUUUGAUAAUUGUAUCUUGCCUGACCAUUUAUCACCAAGUUUCAAGACAUGCAACAUUACUCGAAAAUACAUUCUUAGUGUCAUUGGUGGCUUUUCAUGUGAGCAAAUAAAUGACUUUAGAGAUAAACGAGAAUGUGCCAAAAAGAUUAAAUAUGUUGAUUUGAUUUGUGAUAAUAUCAAAGUACUUAGUGGGUUGAAUAUGACUAGUACUUUGCAAUCAAAUGCUUCAAGGUCGUCAAUCCCAUUGAACAAUAGUGUGCCACAUAGUCAUUCUGCUCUGAAGAUUUCUACACCUACACCACAUCCACCACAUCCACCACCACCACCUACAUUACCUCCAAAAAACUCAGAAAGACUGUAUUCACAUUCAUCAAUAACUCCAACAAGCAAUGGCCAUCCAGGUUAUAGCGUGGAGCCAGUACCGGGCAGCUCCCACAAUGGCGGUGAUGUUGAAGAUAAUGGAGCCCUUGCCGCCGCUACUGCCGCUAUGCUCCCCACAUAUGAAGACGUGGUUUUGGAAAGCUCAUACCAAGAUGAUAGUGAGCAUCAACGAGCAAGAAGAAGGUAUCAUCAACAUGAACAGUAUUAUUCCAAUCCUGAGUAA